AGCUCCAAACUUUGUGUUGUGAGUUGUGACAACAAGCGUGUGAAACUUAGAACAAGACACUGGCUGGUGUCAAGAGAGUGGCCUCAAAUGCCGUCACGGAUGUAGAGAGCAGAUAGAGAAUUCCCCAUACAAAAAGGGGACAUUCUUUUUAUCCUAUAUAUAAAAAGAAGAAAGAAAAAGACAAGCAAAAAAAAAAAAAAAAAUAGUAUUAAGGUCUGGAAGAGUGGAGAGAGUUUGGUGGGUCAUGUCAUAUGGUGUGUGUGAGUGAAAGAAAAUUGCUCUUAGUGGCUGUUGUUAGUUUUUGCUCCUUCCAUGAUGUUGGUAUUAUGCUCAAUUAAUGGGAAGCUCUUCUAAGUGGGUCACUGCAGCACCACCCAACAGGUUAGGGAAGAUAGCACGUAUAUAGAUAGGUUUAGCCAACUUCAUAAGUUAAUGCUGUUUGCAAUUUUGGCGUUGGAAUGAAUGAGAAAUCGUAGCAAACACUGUUUGUUAGAUAGCUUUGGUAGAACAAGUUUUGUAGUUGCUGGAACUGGGGUAUCCGAGACUUUCAUAGGAUUGAAGGCAAUUGUUUUUCAUGAUUUGUCAGUGUUUUCAAUUUAAUGGUUCUCUGAAGGAUUAAUAUUUGAGGAAUAGGAAGUCAAGAAGGAAAGGAAUAAGCUCCACAGGCAGGUUUCAAGAACACAAGAGUUUAGUCAUGUCUGGGACAUUAUUAUGGGUUGUUUCCUCCCCUGGUUUAGAGGUUUCCCAUUCCAGUGGGUUACUUGAUUCUAUUCGGAGUGUGAAGUUCUUAGAUUCCUCAAAGGCCAUGUCUCGAGAUUUUGGGUCGAUUAGAGCGAAGCUGGGUAAGGAAAAGGGAUGGAGACUGUGCUCUUUGAGUACAGAUAUGAAGUACACAUGUGUUGGUCGGUCUGGCUUAGAAAGUGCUAGCAACUUCCCUCUGAUAGCCAAUGUGCUUGUAAACCCAGCAGCAGGAGAAGUGGCUGUCUCGUCAGAACAGAAGGUCUAUGAUGUGGUGAUGAAGCAGGCAUCUUUGGUUAAGAGGAAGUUGGGCGCUGCGGGUGAACUUGAUGCAAAGCCAGAUAUUGCUCUGCCUGGGAAUUUGAGCUUGUUGAAUGAAGCAUAUGACCGUUGUGGAGAAAUUUGUGCAGAAUAUGCUAAAACAUUUUACCUGGGAACUCUCCUAAUGACUCCCGAAAGGCGAAGAGCUAUCUGGGCAAUAUAUGUGUGGUGUAGGAGAACGGAUGAACUUGUUGAUGGUCCUAAUGCUUCACAAAUUACGCCAACUGCUUUGGAUAGGUGGGAAUCAAGAUUGGAAGAACUUUUCCAAGGUCGUCCAUUUGAUAUGCUUGAUGCUGCUUUAUCAGAUACAGUUGCCAAAUUCCCUGUUGAUAUCCAGCCAUUUAAAGAUAUGAUAGAAGGAAUGAGACUGGAUCUUAAGAAGCCAAGAUACAAAAACUUUGAUGAACUAUAUCUUUACUGUUACUAUGUUGCUGGGACAGUUGGUAUAAUGAGUGUUCCAAUCAUGGGCAUUUCACCAAAUUCCCAAGCCACAACAGAGAGUGUAUACAAUGCUGCCUUGGCCCUAGGCAUUGCAAAUCAGCUAACCAACAUACUCAGAGAUGUUGGAGAGGAUGCCAGCAGAGGAAGAGUGUAUCUUCCACAAGAUGAGUUGGCUCAAGCAGGGCUUUCCGAUGAAGACAUUUUUGCUGGUAAGGUGACAGACAAGUGGAGGAACUUCAUGAAGAGCCAAAUUAAAAGGGCAAGAAUGUUUUUUGAUGAGGCAGAAAAGGGAGUGACGGAGCUUAAUGAAGCUAGCAGAUGGCCUGUAUGGGCGUCUUUGCUAUUGUAUCGCCAAAUAUUGGACGAGAUAGAAGCUAAUGAUUACAACAAUUUCACUAGAAGGGCUUAUGUGAGCAAAGCCAAGAAGUUACUUUCUUUGCCAGCUGCAUAUGCUAGAUCUAUGGUUCCUCCAUCAAAAAAGUUAUCUUCUGUAAUGAAGACAUAAAUCGAGCACCUUAUGGCAUUCUGUAGAAAAAUGGAUAAGGAGGACCACAGAAAAUGGAAAGGCACAAUUUGUAUAUGAUAAAACAAGGCAUGAUAUUAGUCAAUAUUGGAUUUUGAUAUUCAUAUUUCCCCGUAUUUUUUUACAUAAAAAAAAGUUUGGACUAA